UGUUGUAUACCCAGCAGAUGUGCUCUUGACUCCAAAGGGCUAGUUUGCCGUUUUCUGUAUAGGAUUUCGUCAAUUUGCCCUUUGUGGAAGAGUAUGUCUGCUUCUAUAAAAGAAACACUGGGCUUGGAGAAAGGUAGCACUGAAGUUGCUAAGAAGCCCAAAGAUAAGCAGCAGGCUUCCAGUCUUCGUUUGGAGUUGGUUUUGACUCAGCCGACCGUUGAUGUUUUUCCUGAGUUUUCUUAUGCGCGUUUGGUUGAAAAGGAGCUGAGUACUAACAAAGAUGGUGCCGAGCCGUUUGCUGGUGGCGAGCAGGACGAAGCGCAGAAAAUUGCAGAUAUAGCUCGUCGUCUUGAGCAGAAAUAUGGCGGUGGGAGCAAGUCGAAGAAGAGGAAACGGCUCGUAUAUGAUGAGGAUCUUAUCGAUAAGAGCUCGGGUUACGAUGAGUCAGACUCUUUUGUUGACAAUUCUGAGGCGUUUGACGACUAUGUGCCGGAGGGGUACGAGCCACAGCACGGUGGGUUUUACAUCAAUGACGGCGAGCUCUUCUUCAAGUCGGUCACGUCAGACGACGAGGAUAGUCGCUCCAUGCCGCCCGCCGACAGCGGUGACUUUGCCCCGCCGAAGAAAAUCAAGCACGCCAAGUCCCAAGAGAAAGUACACCAUAGGACUGGAGCUGAUGGUGAGCCACGUCCCGGCAGAGGUCGAGGUCGUGGAUCCUCGCUGACCCACAAGACACAGAAGAGUCCAGUUAAACGGCCGGAGGGAACCGGAGCACCACGAGGACGGCCACGUAAGAUUACUACUACCAAACUGGGUGGUCUGAUGAAGACGCCCGCCACAGUUACCUCUACGAGUGCCGUCCCAACGCCCGGUGCUGCCACUAACCAGCAGCAGCAGUCCACCCUCUUGCCGUCGACACCGACUAAAGUCGCCUCCACUUCGCCACCAGCCGCAGCAAGUGCCGGCUACGCAUCAGAUGGCCGUCAGCCCAUUGCACAAAACACCAGCCAGAGUUCGCCAAGAAAGUCACCGACGAAAACGCUCGUCACCCAGUCCAGUGAAGAGCGAAUGGAUACGGAUGAUGCCUCAUCGCCUUCAUUUGAGCAUCCCGGCAGCAGUGCAAUACCAGAUGACGGUCCAUUCUCUGAGGACUUCUCGCAGUCGCAGACCACAGAACUACCUGAAGGCUUACCGCCCGAUCUUGUUCAAUUCAUUCACAGUUUCCGAAAGGGUAUUUUGAGUGGCUCUAUCGAGACCGCAUGUGUGAAGAACUUGGACUCAACCUAUGAUGCUAUGCUGUUGGAAAUCGAAACGAAACUCCACAAUAAAGUGAAGGGAAAACGGCGUCAGGCAGUGUAUGCCCACCUCAGCUCCUUUCUGCCGCACUCAAAGGAGUCACUUCAGCGGCGGGCUAAGAAAGUCAACAUAGCGAACGAGGAAGUGUCUCUUGAAGGGCCGCUCGCUCGGUUACUAGCAGCUGUGGAGCUGCAAAUGCCAGAGCAACAAGAACGAUACAAGGAGGAAGUUCGCCGAGCUGUGGAAGCUCAUAAGAAGGCAUCCAGCAUGACAGAUGAAGCGGCGGCCGCUGCAUCGGACUCUACAAUCGGUAGUGGUGGUGAAGAUGAGGCUGACUCAUCACUGAUCAGCGCACUGCAAUCUCCCACGCAUAAACCUCAAGAAGAGGCAAAGACGAAGAAGUUCCGGCCACCUAACAAGAAGUUCCAGUGGACUGUUGAGACGCGCUCUUUGCUGUGCGAGGCUGUACAAGCAAAGGUUGAAGGUCUCCGGGCUACCAUGCAGCGCAUUGUCGGUGGUGUGGACUCCAUCAAACAAUUCCUAGAGCAGCGUGUCAAGCCCGCCUGGCCAGAUUCCUGGAUGUCAGUCAACAUUCUGUUCCGUGAAAGUAGACAGGCCCAUCUGCGCCUAACUAACCCCGUGCAAUACAAGCAACUACAAGGCCCUGCAAAGUCUGGCCGUGGUCCACGUCCGUAUGUGCGAAGCAAGACCAAGUCAGCGCCGGGUCUUAAUCUGUCAUCAAUCAAAACCAGUGACAAUGGCAGCAUGGCGGGGCCGCAGCCCCAGUCAACUGCAGGCACUGGGGAUACGUGCGACGGCAGCGUGUCCACCGCAAACAUCCCAUCUUCUCCACCUCCGCUAACUCCUGACACGGUCAUGGAAGCCAGUGCUGGCAGCCACAAAGUGACCCAGCCUCCGCAACAACCGCACUUUCAACAAGUGAGGUCACCCACCAGGACUGUAUCUUCGCCGGUAAAAUUAGAAUCUGCACGGCCCUUAGCACCACCAGCAGCAGCACCACCACCACCAGUUCAGAGAGCUCAGGCACCAAAGAUAAUGUCGCCGAUGAAUCGCGCCGCACAGCAAUCGUCCUCGCGAAGCAUUCUCUCUGCCCCUAAGCUACACUCCUCGAGUAUGAGUAGGACAGUGUCGGCCAUCGGGGCUAUGCCCAAGUCUUUACCCAACGCCGCCGGCAAUGUCCUGAAUAGUAAGGCUGGUCCUUCUAAAUCUCAUAAGUCUGCUGGAACUUCUACACCGAGUAAGAAGAUGCUCGAGUCUGGCCACCAAAGGAGCAAGGUCCCAGCGCAAGGCAAAGCCACGCUGCAGCAUGCCUCCCAUGCCUCCACUCCUGCUAUGAAGCAAAUGGAGGUGCAGCUGAGGAAAUCCACCAGCCUGCUUGCCACCAGCAAUGCAGUGCAGCACUCGAUCAAGAAAACAACCAUCCCCUUAUCCAAGUCAUCUGAAGAUCUACGCAUGGGCAGCCCACCCCGCCACGGCAGCAGCAUACCGCCCAUUGCAGACGUGUCGCCUAAGAAAUUCCAGCGCCCGUCGGCGUUCCACCAGCCUGGUCAACAAGCGCCGGUGGGCGUGAUAACACCGAACCGUACCGUGGCAACAGCCGGGGCGGUUCCACAGCCGUCCAAGCCUAACUCCACUACGGUUCAUCAGCAAGUGCGGCCGGUGUCUGCAUCGUCGAGAAAGGCCAGCAGUGCGUCACGCACAGUGCCGGUCACUGGAUCUAAGCGCUCCAAGCAAGGUCAGCAGGUAGCAGCGCUACCGUCAGCAGCCGGCCAUCACCACCAGCAAUACGCGCCAGGUAAGAGGACUGUUGAUGACAAUAGUGGCAUGACCAGCAGUGCAUUCAAGUUGCCUCCGUCUCCUACUUCCUUAGCCAGCGUCAGUGCCAUCAGUACUUCCCUACCCUCUAGCUCGUUACGAUACAUGACUAGCACUAGCACUAGAACUAGUAGUACUGCUACUGCAGAUGGUAUUGUUGGUAGCAGUAGCAGUGACAGCAGCUGCAGCAGCAGUAACCUGAUGCAUGCUGGCGGCGGCGGUGGCAGUAGCAGUGAGAGUAUGUCAGACCGCCCUAAAGACCCCCGAGAUCCCCGUCGGCAUGCUAGUGAUAGCCACCAGCGUCGCCAGCGGGUAGUCAGCAGCAGUAAUAGUGCUAGAAGUCCCGUGCUGCAUACCUCCAAAGCAGCCGGUGGCCAAGCGGUGCAUGGGCUGGCCAGUACUGGGGGCGCCACUGUCAGUCCCUCACCAACGCGCGUAUUGCAGGUUGGGACGUCGCCACAUGCUGCUGCCGCACUACCCACCUCCCCUAGUCAGAGAACUAUGCUGGACUAUGUCAAACAGCAGCACUCACCCGUAGAGCGAGGCAGUGGCCAUAAACACAUGAGCACCAGUGGUGGCGCUGCUGCUACCCAUGGCCUGCAUCACACUCACUUGAACAGCGGCGGCGGUGGCAGCGUGUCCCCUAACCUGAUAACCACUAAUGCUGUGCUGAUCAACACGCUGCCAGCAGCUGCUGCUGCCUCUGGCGCCAGUGGCGUCUUAUACCCCCCUGGUACAGGUGCAUUGCACCAAGCUGCUGCCCCUGGGUCUGUGUCGGCGUCGUUCCCUUCAGGCAUGGUACCGCUCGCCAGCACUGCGCUUGCGCCAGUGCACUACCAAGACCAGCAGCAGCAGCAGCAACAUCAGCACAAAGCACGCCGCUCCAGUGCCAGCGCGCAUGCAGCAGUCACCAGCGGUGCCCUACCCGCCACCAACUGGCAGCAGCAGCAGCCCGCAACCUCUGCUCAUCACCAACACACCACCACCAGAAAUCCCCGGCAAAACUAGAUAAUUGUCUGCACUGGAAUUGAAGUUGUGAAGUAAGUUGUGGUACCUGUAACUGUACACUAGUGAAAUCGGUUUACCCCGCAUUGCGUCCGAUUGGUUUAUCGUUUUCUUUUCAUUUUUUAAAGUUUCUCCGGCUGACCUUUUCUCCGGCUCAUGGAUCUUUCAUUAUCCUUCUUUAUGCCCGUGUGGCCUUAUAAUAAUCGGCUGUGACCCUUUUUUCUCCGGCUCAUCGAUUUUUCAUUAUUGUUUUGUUAUCCCAGUGUGCCGUCGUAACAGGCUGUUUCGUACUACUACUAUUAUUACUUGUUGCAUCCGUCUCGAGUGGUGCUAUUGUCACAUAAUUAUUUUACGGCUGCAAUAAAAAACUUGUGAAAAUAUUCUCUCGUUCUGCCCGUGUGCCCCAGUGUGCCGUCGUAACAGGCUGUUUCGUACUACUACUAUUAUUACUUGUUGCAUCCGUCUCGAGUGGUGCUAUUGUCACAUAAUUAUUUUACGGCUGCAAUAAAAAACUUGUGAAAAUA